AUGAUCGCAAACAAGAUGCAGGACUUCAAAGACAGCAAGCCCGGCGACGCCCGGGGCAACCUCCAGAACACGAAAGAUACCGAGGACAGGAGCAAGCAGCUACGCGACGACAUCCACAGACCCGCCGAGGAUUUGCCGGGCGGCGAAGGCGAGUGGCAGGUCAAGGUUGGUGGCAAGAAACGCAAGGUGCGGCUCCUCACUUUCAGGGGCGGGCACGGUCAACCUCCAGCGCGAAACCUUUCUUUCCGUCUUGCCGCCCUGCAGCAGCAGGUCAAGGAGCUCACCGUGGGCAGCAAGAAGCUCAAGGGCGCUGCUGCGGAGGCCACAGGCGGUGGCAGUCAGCCGCCGUGGGCAGCGGAGCCGAAGAACGACCAGGGCAAGAGCGAGCUGGACCUCAGCAUUGAGGAGAAGAAGAGACUCGAGGCGGUACGCAAGGGCGACACGUGCAACUGGCUGCCAGGCGCCCUGGCCGACUACGACAAGUGGGCCGCUACGGCGACCGAGGCUCGGGGCAGGGCGACGCCGCCGGCAGCGCAGCUGCGCGAUGCCGACGACGAGGCGACCAGGGCUACCAAGCAGCGGGAGGCGGCUGAGGCCGCAUGGCAGAGGCUGCGCGACGCCCUGGCGCAGGCGACGCAGCUCGAGUAUUUGGUACUCAACCGGGCGAAGUUUGGCAUGGCCCUGUUGCCGCUGCGGGCGGAGGUCGCGCAGUACCUGCGCAGCACCAACCGCGUCCCUGCCUGGGCUGGCGCGGAUGGGUGCGACGUGCAGAGCGGCUCCGACGGCGGCGGCUUCGGGGGCUUCUGGACGGUGCACCGCCAGCAGCUGGAUGGCGUCGCGCCCAGCAUGAAGGCCAAGGGCUACCAGUUGGGAGAGGCCCGCGCGGCGCCCGCAACGGGGCAGCUCGGAGAGGCUGGCACCUCGGCGGGCGUCGCGGUUGCGGCGCCGGAGGUGGCAGCGGGGCGCGGGGGCAUUGCGGUCGUCUCGGCGCACUUCUGGACGGCCGAGGGCAUGUCCUAUCGCGCCGCGCGCUUCGUGGAGCGCGUGAUGUGGUUCUUGGAGGGGCUCGCGACGCCGUGGGUCGCGCGCGGCGGCUUCCAGACUGCCCCCUCGGUGUUCGCGGAUCUUGGCGCCGUCGAGCUGGCCGAGGCCGCGCUGGCGGUGCCUUCGGCCAUGCGCGGCGCGUGCCGCGUCGCCUGUGCGAACGCCGCCAUCGAUGACAUCAUCGCGUCGGCGUCGCCUACCGGCCAGGUCGCGCAGCUUCGCGCGGUCGGCCGCCUUCGAGUCGCCUCCGGCGGCCGCAGCGCCCUGGAGCCAGCAAUGCUCGCGCUGGAGGUGGAGGCCGCUGGCGCGCGCGGCGCGGUCUGGGACGAGCGUCUUUGGCGGGGGGGCGGUGCCAACCUGCCGCGGCGGAAGCUGGCGGCGGUCGCCCGGGGGCUGUUCUCCGCCGCGGUGAGCGCGGGGCCCCUGGUGAAGCGACGCCUGGAGGUCUUCGCUCUGGGAGGGAAGUUCGGCGAGCAGACGGCCAGCUUGCAGAUCCUGCGGGGCGGUCGCUGCAGCGCGGUGGCGCGCGGCGGCUGGCGGGCCGAAAGUUUGCAGCCCGGGCUUCGGGCGCUGGUUGCCGAGGUGCCAGACCCGCCCAGGCACUGCGAUCAGGAGUUGGUCAAGAUGCGACUCAAGCAGUGGGCGGACAAGCUCGAGGAGGCGGGGCCUGCGGUCGUGGCCACCAUCGCGGCUAAAUUGGGCCUGGUCAAGGCCUUCGAGCGGGUGGUCCUCCACGUGCUGUGGGAGCGCGGCAAGCAGAUGAAGUUCCGCGCGGAGGUCUUGGCGGCGGCGCCCUUGAACUUCGCGAUGGCCAGAUCUCGCCAGGCCCGCGGGGAGCGAAGGGCCUCGCGCUCCAGCCAGGCAGCGGCAACGGAGGACCCAGCGCACGACGUCAGGAAGGCUCCGACCUUGCGCUGGGCACGGGCUGCGUGGGAGAUCGCAGUGGCAGGUGGCUUUGGCGCAGUCUCUCCUGUGCCCAGGCUCGAGACCCAGGGCAUCGGCUUCGCCGCGGCUCGAGGUAGUCAGGGCCUGAGCGCCGCCGCGGCUCGAGGCGGUCAGGGCCGGCAUGUCCCCGCGGCCCGGGCUGGUCAGGAGCUCCGCGAGACGGCGGGCAUGUGGUCCACGUCGUGGGCCCAGGACCUGCGAGGCGAGAACUACCUGGACAUCGGCGACUGGCUGGAGCAGUGCGCGCCGUCCGUUGCGGGCCAGGCAGGCGGCGGAGAAGCUGUGCAGGAGCUCCUGGGCACGGGCGCGCUGGAGACGCAGUGCCUUCUUCCGCUGCGUCGACUGGCUUGGCGAACCCUGAACGCAGGCUGGCGCUGGGUCACCAUUGGGCCGAGCUGCGGAGAAUGCGGAGGCAGUUGCGACGCCCCCUGGGGCCGUUGGCACCACCGGCUGAUGAAGGUCACGGCGCUCUCCAGGGCUCGUGGUCGGCGGCGGGGUAUCAACGACCUCGACGAGCUCAGGCAGCCGUUCACGCGGCUGGGCCGCGGGCAGUGGCGGGAGACGCACUGCGCCAUGCUGCAGGUGGAGCGACGAGAAGCCGGCGCAGACCGCUCCGCCCUAUCGCUCCAGCUGAGCAGGCUCGUGCUCCAGGCGCACCCAUUCAUGCACGAGGUUGGGGACCGGCUGGUGGCGUUCUUCAACCCGCCAGUCAGCGCUGCGGCCGCACCCCAACCUCAGCCACCCUGUGCAGGUGGCGCUGCAGCGACCUUCUACGAGGCGGCGCUGCUGGACUGCCUAGUGGACCUGCCCUCGGAGGCGCACGCGCGGGAGUGGCCCACCACCAGCCCGAUGGGCCUCCACGUGCCGACCCCGCCUCCCACUUCGCGGGGCGCCGGCGGCGACAAGUGGCGGGCGGUGCUGCACCUCGACGCGUGCGAACUCUCCUGUUGCGCCACGCAGGGCAUGGGACCGCCGGCGCGCCAGCACGAGCGGCAGCUCGGGGCGCUAUCGGCCGUCCAGCGCGCGGCCGCCGCCGUGGAGCUGGCUGCCCUGAAGGCCAGCCACGGCAGCCGAGCGCCGCAGGCCUGCCCUGCCUCAGCCGAGGGCUGGGGCUUCGAGGUCGGGUUCUUCCUCGGCCUCGUCGUGGGCGUGCUGCUGGCGCUGCUCGUGGGCGCCGGGCUCACGGCGCUGCGGCGGCUCGUGGAGCGGGCUGUGGGGGCCCUGACCGCUGGCCAAGACGACGGGCGCUGCAGCGCGGACGAGGCUCGGGCCGCUGGUCGCCGCCCGAAGAAGCCCGCCAAUCCGAAGGAGAAGGCGCGGGUGAAGGGCAAGACCGCCGCGGCUCCUUGGUCUCGCGAUGGGCGCUGUUUCCUCUUCCUGACGGUGGUCGCCUCUUUCGUGCUGCCCGACGGGGAGAACCGGGAUCGGCGAACUGUCGAGGCCAUCUCAUCCAUCAACGCGCUCAGUGCUGCUCAGGCCAGCCGGCCGCUGCGGGCGCAGCCGCCCAGCAAGUUCGAGCCGACUGCCGCCCAGGAGUCGGCCAUCAAGCGGAUCCGACGUCGUGUCCGAGAUUUUGGAGCUAAGCCCUCGGACCUGGAUCCCGCUGGAGCCCUUCAGGAGCUCUUCCGCUGCAAAGAUCUGCGCAGCGGUGCGGGCGAGUGCUCGACACGGCAGGACUACGACCCUGACAAGCUCAAUGUCUUCAGGACCAACGACGUCCAAGUCCAUCUGCGGGGCGUCGCCCCGGCCCACGUGGCCGAGGUCCUGGGCAGUUUUGACUCCGAGGUGGUGCGGCCGUCCGCGGACAUCGCCCCGGACGAGGAGAUCGUCGAGCCCUACUGGGAUCCGCUCCUCAACCCUCGCACGAAGGCCAACCGGCCGCGUCUGGUCGACUUCUUGGCCAGGAUGGCGCGGCGGGGGCUGGUGGGCGGCCGCCGCCGCAGGAAGGCCUGCGUCAGCACGUUCUUCGUGGCCAAGAAGAACGGGGACAUCCGCCUGGUCGUGGACGCGCGCCAGGCUAACCAGUUGCAUCGGCUGCCGCCUCGCACGACCCUGGCGUCCGGAGAGGCGCUCGGGUCUAUCAACCUCCUCGACGCGGUCGACGCGUCGCCCGAGGACCUGGCCGACUUCGACGGGUGCUUCGACUCGCUGUGCGGUGGCUCGGUCGACUUGCAGGACGGCUUCUACCAGUUCAGCGACCCCUCCUGGGGCUGCUGGAUGUGCUUCGACGUGGAGGUCACGGCCGGCGAGCUCGGGAUCUCGACGAUCUACGACGACGCUCUGGGCCGGCGCGUGCCGGUCGCGGAGGACGAGGUCAUCUGGCCUUGCUUCGCUGCCCUACCGAUGGGCUGGAGCUGGGCGCUCUGGAUGUGCCACGAGGGGCUGGUCGACGCCAUGGACGCCGUCGGCCUGCCGGGGGACACGCGGGUGCUCGACAAGGCCCGCACGCCCUCGAUGCACGGCGGCGGCGUGGCGAGGGCCCCCUACGUCGACAACGGGAACAUGGUCUCGCUCUCCGCCGACGCCAUCAACGCCCGCCUGGCCGCCCUCACGGCCGAGCUGGACCGGCGGGGGCUCCGCUGGCACGAGCUCGAGUGGGCGCAGCCGGGGCUCGCAGUCCUGGGGCUGCAGCUUGACGGCCGGCGGGGGCGGCUGCGGCACACCGCGAAGCGCGCCUGGCGGCUGCACGGGGCACUUCAUCGUGUCCUGCAGGUGCCUUGGCUGGCUCGCUGGCAGCUGCGCAGGAUCGUCGGGCACCUGGUCCACUACUUCUCGGUGCUGCGGCCGGGCCUCAGCGUCCUGGGUGAGUGCUACGACUUCAUCGGCUCUGGGCCUCUGGACCCCGUCGUCCGCCUCCCAGCGGGGGUGCUGGCUGAGCUGCGCGUGGCGGCUGGGCUCAUCUUCCUGGGCGAGGUGGACCUGUGCCGGGUGCCGGCCGACGUGGCGUUCGUCACCGACAGCUCGUUCAAGGGCUACGCCGCGUGCCAGGCGAGGGUCCGGCCCGACGAGGUUCUCGAGGCCACUCGGUGGAAGGAGCGGCAGCGCUUCGUGGCUGCCGAGGUGCCCUGCGACCCGGACGCCGAGGUCUUCCUGGGCCGCGCCACCGGGCUGGCUGACGUCGGUGGUGACUUCGACAUCAACUCCAGGCCCGGACUGCGACACGCCGUCGCACGGCGCCGCCGUGUGGAGCUGGACAUCGGCGUCCCGCCCGCCGCGCUGCCGGACGAGCUGCUCGACCCGCUGCGGUGGCAGGAGCUCCGCCGAGGUGCUUGGCGGCACCCGGGUCGCAUCCAUGCGCUCGAGGCAAGGGCCGCGGUCGCGCCGAUGCUCCGGGCUGCCGCGGACGUGGCGUUUCACGGCAAGGAGGUGCUGGGGCUCUGCGACAACCUUUCGAGCGUGUGCGCCUUCGAGAAGGGCCGCGCCACCAACUGGGAGCUCCUGGCGCAGUGUCGGAAGGUGGCCGCGAUCUUCUUCGCCUGCGAGCUGCGGCCGCGGUGGAGGCACGCCCCCGGGAUCGUCAACGUGGCCGACCGGGCAGCUAUCCAUUCAGUAGACGGAGAGAUGUACAUCCCCAUUCCCAUGCUCGUCCACCAUCCGUCCCGCUUCACCAUCAUCGAGAGAGCGCUGCUGCUGUUCGACAUAACGACCAUCCGUCGCUGCUGCAGCCUAUCAGGGAGGGGCCGCCGCUGGAGGGACCUCGCGGCGCUGGCCCGCCGAGCGCUGGGCUGCUCCACCGUUGGCCUUCAGCUCGGGGCCGCGCGAACCUGGACCACCUACCGUUACCGCGACGAGAGGAUGCCAGCCGGGUUCAGGUGCUUCGCUCCGAUCGACGUGCGGCGUGGGCCUCAUUGUGACCUGGCUCGCCCAGGGCUCCGACGUCUGGUCGAGUCUUGGCUCAAGCGCGGGCUGGUCUGGUGGGUCCACCUCGGGCUCCCCUGCACCCGCCGGGUGCCCGUCGGGGGCGUGCGCGAGCCGGGGCCCGCGGAUCGCCUCCUUGUGGACUUCACUCGGCGUGUGCUGCGGCUCUGUCGGCAGCUGGGCGUGCACGUCACCUUCGAACCUGCGAGACAGCCGCGUCUGCGGCGGCUGCGCUGGCCCAAGGUCGUCUUCGACAGCUGCAGGUUCGGUGCGCCCUUCAAGAAGCCGAGCGCGCUGGCCGGGUCGUUCGUCGGCCUGGGGGACCUGGCGCUGCUCUGCACCUGCGUCGGGCGGCACCGGAUCGAGCUGCAGGGCAAGGUCCAGCACCCCACGCGGGGCUGGCUGUGGCGUACGACGCUGGCUGGCGCCUACCUCCCGGCCUGGUGCCGAGCGCUGGUGCAGGUCGCUGCGCGCGGUGCCGGGAGCGCUGCGCGGGGCCGGACCGACGGGACUGGCUGGGCGCGCUGGGAUCACGCAAUGGCGAGCGCGACAGGCGCGCCCCAGCCAGCCAGGUCCAGUGCCCCGCUCUGCCCGCGGCGCUUCCGGCUCCCCUGGCGUGAGUCGUGGCCGAGUGCCCUCGACCCGAGGCCGCGGGCCGCCCGCAGGGUCGCGGGGGCCCGGGCGUCGAGGCCGAGCGCGUGGCGCCCGCGGGCUGGCCCGUCGGACCCCGCCCCUGCGGGGCCGACUCCUGACCGGGCUGAGGGCCGCCGCCGGCCGCUGCGAGUGCCUCGGGCUGAGGCCGCGGCCGGGAAGAAGCGCCGCGCGGCCACGGCCGCCCGUGCCGACGCCGCUCUGGCUGGCCGCGACUGGGCGCCGGGCGAGUACCUCCGCCUCGCUCGCCUACGUCCUGCCACUCGUGACGCCUACUCCAGCGCCGUCGCCGAGCUCGAGGACUUCGCAGCUCGGACCGGGCUCAGCCUGGACAGCGUGGGCGUCGCGGAUGACACCGUGAACCUCUUCUGUGAGACGCUCUUCUUCGCUGGGGAGCCUCUGUACAUCGCCAAGAACGCCCUCUACGGGUUCUGCAAGGCACGCGGAUGGUCGGCUGGGCGUCCGAACUUCCAGAAGUCCAAGGACGCGCUGGACGGCUGGGCUGCGAAGCAGCCGCCUGUGGCGCAGCAGCCGCCGCCCUGGGGCGCCGUCCGCCUGGUCGUCCAACGCCUGGCGGAGGGCUCUCUGCUGCAGGCUCUGGUGGCCCUCGCCAUCCUCGUGCAGUUCGACAUGUACUUGAGGCCGAGCGAGGUGCUCGCACUCGAGGUCUCACACAUCGUGGGCGACAGGCGCAUCGUCGGCGGAGCUGGCCGACAGGACGUCGCUGCAGUCAUCGCCCCCCUCGGUGGCGACGGCUCGAAGCCCGCUAAGAAUCGGGGCUUCGACUGCGCCGUCGUCGCCGGCUCUGCGGCCGACCUGAGACACGGGGGCCCGUCUGAUGACGCCCUCUUCUCGCUUCGCGACCUCCGUGCAAUUUAA